AGUUGAUUAUCACAGGGUGUGUGAUGGACAAGAACAUAUUGCUUUAAUAGGUGUUUUAACCCUAAGUACUUUGGGUAUAUAGUAAAAUCUUUCCAGUUUGUGAGUGGGUAAAUUUUGUAAAUCUAGUCAAUUCAUUUGUUUAAAAUACUAGUCCAUUUACUUAGUAUAGGUUAAAGUUUAUUUGUAUGUAUUUACAAUUUAAUUUUGUUAAUUGGCAAGACCAAUUUAAUUUUGUUAAUUGGCAUGACCAAUUUAAUUUUGUAAAUGGCGGGAUCAAUUUAAUUUUGUAAAUUAUGUACUAAUAAACUUAAACCAGCUUAGUGUUUUAAAUUAUUUAUAUAAACUGUCAAUUUACUAGACUGAUUAACAGUUUGCCUAUUUACCAAAAGAAAUGUGUUACGAUUCAUUUGAUAUACUGCAAUCCUAUUGGACAAAAAAUAAUUUUAAACACUAAUUUGUAGUGAAGACCAUCUUUUGGUAAUCAAGUCAAGUUUUUCUUGAUUGAUUGUUGGUCUUUUAAAUAUUGGUAAUGUGCAAAAAAAAAAGAGAAAUCAGAAUAAUAGCUUUUACUAAUCGAGAGGUGACCGUUAAACUGCUGUUAAGUCCUUCUUUAUUUCAUAUAAGUUACAACAAUUUUGCAGUCAACCCUCGUUAUGGGUUUUAUUAUAAAAAUGUAUGAUCUUUGUUUUGGCGGCAGCCAUUUCCACAAAUGUGGCAGUACAUGUAUUUUCGUCACUUUUCUUUUGAAGUUCAUGUUAAUUUUAAAACAUAUUUUGGAUAUGUGUUUUUUAAAACACAGUAACUGUAAAACUUUAUCACCCACAAAUUUUAGUGACUGUACAACAGGUGUCCUUAGGGCAGUUUAUAUGAGACUGCAUCAUUAUUAUGUUUGUAUCUUUGUUGUGAUCUAGAGAUGGUCUAGUAACUGUCACGCUGUGUAGUUUAAUUCACCAUAGCCCACUGUACCAGUUUGUGCUCUCUGUUUUACUUAUAUACUUAUAUGUUUUAAAUUGCCUACCCUCGUUUAAACCUCGUUACACGGGUGUUUUAAUGAAUGUAUAAGAUAUCUUUUGUGAUGUGAAAACAAUAUAUAUUGAAAAAUAUAAAAUGUGGUAUACCAUACUAUGAAAGACAUUAUGUAAAGUUAGUUUUGUAAAUGUAGUAAAUAUCUUGUGAAAUAUGCAUGAUGUAUAAGAAAAAAUUUUCAUAGAGCUGUAAAAGGAAUAUUGUGUUAAAUCAAAUGAUAAUCCACAGUAAUUACAUGGAGAAUGGAAUCAUUCAGUUCAAAUAGUUGAUGAAUUAAUCUGAAAUAUUGGAGGAAUCAUUUGUAUUGGGAUAUCAAGUAAAAUAUUGGAUAAAUCAUUUGUUAUAUUGGUUUAAUCAACCAUUAUAUUGGAUAAAUCAAUUGUUAUAUUGGGCAGUUUGAAAAUUUCAACAAUUUACAUACUUAUACGACCAUAAAACUGUUUAGUUUGUUCAAAACAUUGUGAUUGAUAGAUGAAGGAUAAAGUAGUAAAAAAAGAAUGAAAAUAGAGAAGUCGACAAACAAGAUGUAUUCACAACUGUGACGAACAUUAUUCAUUAUGCAAAUUAUGUUGAAAGCUUAAAUAUAAAUCAGGAAAAAAAAACCUGUUUUUACAAUUUUGACAAGGAUGGAAAUUUAAAUAUGAGUGAAAACAAGGAAAGUGUUAAUUCUAGUUCACCACUGACAAGAAAAAUAGGUGUUGGAUUAACAAGGACAAAUUUAAGUCCUGGUUCAAGAGAUGUCACGCAAAGAUCACCUAGGGAUAGACCACUUCUGACGCCAAGUCGAUUGAUAAUUUCUGGGUCAUCCCUAGGAACCAGUCGGACUAAUUCUGAUAGCUAUGCAAGUGGAUACAAUAGACUUGGAGGACUGAAAAAUAUCAGUGCGCCAAAUAUUAGUUCUAACAUUCUUGGAAGUUCGUCUGUUAACAGACCUUUAAGAAAGUUGGAUAUUGAUCAAGUACAGGAACCAUCGCUGAGGAAAAAUUUAUCAGCAACAAAUACUGAGGAACUGUUAAAAAAUGACCAAGUAUUAUCUGGAGUAAACGUUCAGAGGUCACAGUCUGCUAACAGAGGGGUCUUUAACCCUGGUAGGUUUUCACAAACUAACAGAACUGUUGGCUUAGCAGCAUAUAAGCCUACAAAACAGGAUGAAAUAAUUCAUGAUGUAUCUGAGACUACAUCAACAAAAAUAGAAAAUUAUGACCUUGACCUCGAGCAAGAUGAGGAAGAUGCUAUUGUAGAGGUCAAGGACAGUGUAGAUGGUGCUAAAAAGAUCAGUGUGGAAGUUACCUCUCCAAGUUCACCUAGCAAAGAUUCAGGAUACAAUUCACCAAGAACUGACCCAAAUAUGGAACCAUUUAAUUCAUCUGUUUUAGGGUCAAGGUCACCUAUCAAAUCUUAUACAGUUGGGAGUGAAUCACCAUCUGAUUUCCAGUCUAGCUUGAAUAAUUCUUCAUAUAAACCAGAAAGGCCAGUAAGGUCAAAACAUAGUGCUAAGAAAAAGAGUAUAGACCAACCAGUUCUGAGUCCAAAAAAUAUUGACCAAUCAGAGGAUUUGUCUCAAAGUAUUGACAAAACUGUAACAUCGUCUCAAACAUCUUCUACACAAUCUCCAUGGCAACAUGUAAACAACACUAUCCAGUAUGAUACCAAUUUAACUGACAUGGUUAAAAAUAAAGAAAUAAAUUCAGAAUAUAACCUUUCAAGGAAAAAUCAACCAGAGGAUUCUGUGUCAGAAGAUAUAGAUCAUAGGUCAAGGUCACAUUUUGUUGAAAAAUCAGAGUCACAAGGUGAGGUGGAUGAAGAAAACACACCAGUUGCUAAACCAAGAGUUCAUAGAAGGCGUACAAGAAGGUCUAUAAGCUUCAGACAUUUGGUAAGAAAUGUUCUAUGAUAUCUUACACUGGGGGUCACAUCUGCUGGAAUAA